AUGACAUCUCGUAAGUAUAUUUCAUUAUCUGGCGACGAGAAUAACUUGUAACAAAAUGAACGUUCUUUGGGGAUCUUGCUUGCCAGAGGGCCAUUCCAUUUAAUGUACACCCUCCCCCCCCCUCCUAUGGACGAGGUCAAUAAAAUUUGAACCCCUAAGAAAAAAAGAUCAAAGGAUGCCAAUGCACACAAUCCCUCGGAAAUUCUCGUCCAUAGGGGGGGGGGUAUAUUAAAUGGAAUGACCCACUGAAUGAUUCUGUUGACCUUGCUUGUACGUGCAUUUCUGAUUUCUUAAAUUGUAGUUUUUGCAUUGUUUUUAUUUGGCAGCAAGAUUAACAAGAACACUGAAACAAGUGGUUCAUUUUCGCAAGAUUCCAAAUCUGUUGUAUUGUACAUCUAAAGCCCAGGUGUGUUUGACCUAUAGUGAUAAAACUGAACAAUUUUCUCGGCAAAAUCCUAAACCUAAUACUGUAUAUUAUAUAUCAAAUACACACUGUAUAAUGAAAAGAAGAAACAGUUUGUCAGUGCUCUUAAUAACAACACAUAGACCAGCAUUUAAUGUAUGUUAGUGCAUGUUUAAUAUUGAGUGGCAGCACUCUCUCCCUGACAAGUAAAAUAAUCUGGUGUUAGACAGAGUAAAAUAAUAAAGUAACCCAUUAAGUUGCAUUGUGCUGUAAGGCAUCCAUCUUACUUUGUUAUUUUAUUCGGUAUAAUGCCAGAUGAUUUUACUCAUCAAGGGGAGAUCAAUAAAAAUCAAUAAACUAGAAGUCAAGCUAGUGAAUAUUCCCUGAUAAUCACUGAGCCUGAGGUGAAUAAUUGUUUUAGUAUUUUUACACAAGUCUUUUGUGUUUUUUGGGACUGAAUUUAUUUUAAUUUUGCUUAUUUCGUUAUCAUUAACUUCACAAAACGGCUAGUCGCCAUUUUGUAAAUAUCGGUUUUGUUACGUCAAAUUGGACCAAUCAACUUGUAGGAUUUGUUAUAUUCACUUAAUAUACAAAAAUACUGAAAUAUUGUAUUACAAGUGUGAAUUACACUCUUAUAGUUACAUAGCACAAAAACAAUUUUCAAACCAUAGCAUUUUUUUUCAGAUGAGUAGGCCAGUAGAAGAGGCCAUUGCAAACAAAUUAACAAGUGAAUUGAAUGUAGGUAUCAAAACAUGUUCUGUGACUUUAUAUUGUUUUCAACCGUUGAAGAUAUGGAUUGAAAGAUUUUGUGUAAAUGUGGUUAAAUUUUAAAUGAUUUCUUUUUCAGCCUUCAUACUUGAAUGUGAUUAAUGAGAGUUAUAUGCACAAUGUACCAAAAGGUAAACUUGAAUCUUGAGGCAAUUUUUUCUUUUGAUUAAAAAUGUGUUAUGACCACAGGAUCGGCCCAGGGUAUAUUUAUUUUACCUAUGCCUGCCUGUUACUGUUAUGACAGGCAAGGCUUGUUAGAGAAGGAGGGCUAUUUCCAGUGCUGUAGCAAGCUCGAUAAUUGGGGGGGGGGGGCAGAUAUUCAUAUAUUUGUGUUCACAGACCAUAAAAACAAUCGAUUUCUAAAGAAAUUAAUAAUGCAUAACACAAAUAUAUGAAUAUCUGCCCCCCCCCAAUUAUCGAGCUUGCUACGGCACUGGCUAUUUCUGUUAACUAGUAAAUAUUCUGAAAUUUGUUUCUUCUAGAUUCAGAAACACAUUUUAAAGUAGUUGUUGUUUCAAAUAAAUUUGAACAAUUAUCUUUAAUUCAGGUAAAUUUGUUCAGUACAAUAGUCAAUACUUUUGCGAUAGUAAGCUUUGAAAUUAACAUGUAAAGUCAUCUGGUGUCUUAGUUACUGGAUCAAUUUUCUAGAGACAUAGAUUGGUGAAUCAAAUUUUACAAAAUGAAAUGGCCAACUCUGUACAUGCCUUAUCGAUUCAGGUAUGCGUGUUAUCACACUCUAGAUUUUUUUGAAAAGUUGCACUUGCAGGAACUUGUUACAACAAGCUUUGUUAAUUUUAUUUAGAAUGAGCUUUGUUUGAUUUAGAUUUGUUUGUUUGUUUAAUAAACGCCAACACUCAAUGGCAUUAUAUUUUAUGACAUUUCUGUUGCAGGCAAAAACACCUGAACAAUGGGAAAAAUCUGAAGGCAAAAUAUCGAAGUCUCCUCCAUGCCUCGGUGGUGCUGGUAGAUAGAAAUAUAUAAAAGGUAAUUUUGACAUAAGACCAUUUGGCUUCAUCAAAUGAUAAGCAAAGCUAGGUUUUAUUUGAGGGUUUAUUGACCCUUUACAGAAUGAUACCAACAAGAAACAAAUAUACAGAGCCAAAUUUGUUUCUGAAUUCUACUUUCUUAUUAAUGGAGCAUAUAGAAAAAGGAAAUCACAAAAGAUUAAUUUACAGGUACAAGAUUUUCAUAAAGAAAUUAUUCUUGUAAUGAAUGUUUUUCUGUUGUUGCAGGUGGUUGGAUUACAUAUAUCCAAGGAUUAGUUUCAAUUAUUGAGGAGUUUGGUUAGUCACCUUCCUAAAUAUAAUGUAGGGUUUAAUUCCAAUUAUGGUAUUAUCAUAUCCUGACCCCCUCUUGGGAACAAUAGAGUCAAAAACCAUGUACAGUGUAUGGAGAAAGAAGAGAUAAUUUAUAGUUAUAAUAAACUACUGACAGGUGAUAUUAAAAAUUAAGUUAAAAAAACAUGACUGUUUAAUAAUAUAUCUCCUGUAAAUGCUGCUGUGGUUAUACCAGGUCUACUUUGUGAUUAUCUUCAUUAGUUUUUAACGUUGUGUGUCGGGAAUUUCCCUUUUCAAUUCUCCGGAAAGACGUCAAGAUUUGCGAUGUACACAAGUCACAAGACUAUUACUUUUGAUCAGCAAAAUCUGCGAAGUUAGAACAAAAUUUUUAUGACAGUUCUCAAUACGUUUAAUACUACGGAUGAAUGAUUUUAAUGUGCGGUUUACGAUUAAGGGGGCUCUUCUCCCCAGGAUUCGUAGCUAAUGAUAUUCCUGUCUCCUUGGUGAUGGCUGUUUGUGGCUUAAGUAGCAACAUCAACAAAGAAUCUUGAAUUUCAUCCAACCACAUCGAGAACUACAUCGCUUUCAAGAAUGCAGAAUAAACUCCCAAUUGUAACAACGAAUCCAGAAAUCUAUAAGAAGCCAAGACAUUUGCCCGGGUAAGUUGACGAAUGUUUCUAACCAUUUCACGCGCGUAUAAUAUUUUGGCGGGACCACCCGUUAAUUUAGUACAGUUUCUGCUCUACAAGAGGAUAUUAACUGAAGCUUGCGGAAGUUUGUCAAUGGCUAAAGUGUUGUCGUUGUAUAAACCAGUAAAAAUUAGCAGAUAUGUCGAGGCCCUACUUUACCGAAACGAUUUUUGGCUCGGGUCUUUGUGGACGUUCAACGCCUAUUCAAAUUUGGAAUUUGGCCAGCCAAUACGAUGCAAGCAGGUUCACCUCCUUCAAAAGAGUCUGUCCCUUAGUGACUGUGACCUGGCCUUAGCUAAGGGUCUAGGACAGACACGGUGCUCCCCUCCUCCUGCAGGGGGGGUACCCGAAUGAAGUACAAAUCUAAAACCCUGACAUGCAUAAUAUCCACAUUAUUAAUUGACUUUCGAAUAAGAUAAAACAUGAUUAAAUUGCAAUAGAAAGAUACUGUCAUGAAAAUUAGUUCCCAGCGGGAUAUGUUGAAAUAUUCUCCAUUUCAGUUACACAGGUCACGUGCAUCAGGAGAACUUCCAGUAUGGUGAAACAUAUGGCAACAAAACAGCGAAGUUGUUGUCUCAAUAUCGCACUGGCAAACUUCAAGACAGCACACUGGGCGUGAAUGGGAGAGGAGGCGAUGCCCAAAUACCUUUUCCGACAUACUACGAUCAUGAUCCGAGUCGCGUCAUCGGAACACGACCAAGAACUUGGGAACGAUGGCAACCGCAACAUAAAUAUGACCUUCUGAACAGCAGUUCACGUGAAGAAAAAAUUCGAGAUUUCAAUAAGGUAGUAUUUUUAUAAUCAGAGAUUUUAAGUUUUUCCUAAUUUUAUUUUCACGGGGAUAUGUAAGAGCGGGGUGCGAUAAUUCAAGAUUGUGCCUGCGUACCUUGUCUGCGUACCUUGUCUGCAUAUCUGUACGGAGCUGGUACGAACGAACACAAAGAAGUACCCGACCGUAAUAUUGGCUCCGGUACCUAAGUACGAGAAUUAUUGCAGCCUAAAAAUAUUUGAAGCACUAUGUGUAUGAAAGAAUAUUUCUUUGUUUCUGAUUUGCAGGCAGCUCAACAACACCGUGAACAGUAUAAGGACCACAGUGGAACACGUCCUCCUGUUGAUGUCUUUGUUCAACCCAAUAUUUCAUAUCCAUCUACCAUAACAACACAGAGGUAA